AUGAAAAUGGACAGAUGCUGCAGAAGCCAAAAGACAUCCUGGAAGGAUGACUUCGAGAAAAUAUGCAACGAGGAAUUUCCGCAUUCUCCACUACCAGCAGCCGAUAUCAUCUCCGGCCCAGUACCCACCAUCACAAUCGCAGAAGUAACCACCGCCAUCAACAAGAUGAAAAGUGGCAAAGCAACUGGCCCAGACGACAUCCCAGCCAAAGUAUGGAAGCUCCUUGGAACACAAGGAGCAGCAUGGCUCGCCGACCUCUUCAGUAAGAUCACUGAGGAAAAGGCACCCCAGGAAACGUGGCAAACCAGCAUCACAGUGCCAAUUUGCAAAGGCAAAGGCGGCGUUAAUGACUGUUCCAAUUACAGGCCGAUCCGGCUGCUGUGCCAUACAAUGAAGAUUUUCGAGCGUGUGCUGGAUGCACAACUAAGCACCAUCGUCGAUAUCUCGCCAAACCAAUGUGGCUUUGUGAAAAACUGCGGAACCACAGACGCCAUACACGCAGCCCGCCUACUGAUGGAAAGGCACCACAAGAAGAGGAAAACGAUCCACAUGGUAUUUCUCGACCUGGAAAAGGCAUUCGACAGAGUACCGCACGAUCUCAUCUGGCUGGCGCUGCGACAGCACCACGUCCCCGAAGCCUAUGUCAGCUGGACAAAGCUCCUGUACCAAAAGGCCAGUAGCUCAGUACGUUGCGCAGCUGGAACCUCAGACACCUUCCCGAUCGAUGUUGGCGUCCACCAAGGCUCAGCCUUGUCUCCUCUGCUAUUCAUACUUUGCAUGGAUACAGUGACCAAAGAUAUCCAAACGAGGCAUUCAUGGAGGAUAUUGUAUGCUGACGAUGUUAUGAUAGCAGGUGAAACGCGACACGGCCUCGAACAACAAGUACAAGAUUGGAAGACGUGCCUUGAACGAUUCGGGAUGAAAUUAAACAUCCAGAAGACGGAGUACCUCGAAUGCGGUGAUCAAACCGAUGGCACAAUCGCAGCUGGUGGGGUCCAACUGAACAAAGUGACACAGUUCAAGUACCUAGGCUCAUGUGUCAACUCCGACUGCACUACCUUCCAAGACGUGGAAGGCCGUCGGCCCCGUGGACGACCAUUUACACGCUGGCUGGAUCGGCUGAAAGAUGACGUGUGCCUCGCAAAAGUCACCUGCCGAGAUGCCGCAGACCGUAUGAAGUGGAAAAAUCGGUGCAAACAAGCAGACCCCACAUAA